AUGCAGGGCAGACAGCUGGGUGUGCUGGCAGCCGCAGGGGGAGCUGUGAUGGCGGCAGCAGGGGGAGAUGUGCUGUCUCUGCUCCCCAGCAUGCAGCUUAAUGAGACUGGGGCCGGAAUAUGACGGCCCCAUUAAGCAGCGCGCGAGGGCAGGGGAGCGGAGACAGCACAUCUCCCACUGUGGCCGCCAUCGCAGCUCCCCCUGCGGCCACCAGCACACCCAGCUGUCUGCCCGGCCCCAGGUGCCAUCGGCCCAGUGGGAAAUUUCCCAGUAUCCCGGUGGGCCAGUCCGGCACUGACAAGGGUCAAAUAGUGCUGGCUUGACAACUAGGUCAGAGCAUCUCCAUAACUGCACAUUUUGUGUGGUGUCCCCAGUAUGCAGUGUUUAGUACAUACCAAAAGUAGUGCAAGGAAGGACAAAUGGUGAACAGGAGUCAAGGUCAUGGAUGCCCAAGGCUAAUUAAAGGAUCACUAUAGUCAACAUAUAAAAGCAAGAAAGACAGGUCCUCUAGCCUUCUUUUUUGCUUUUAUAUUAGUUUGCCAUUAAAAAUAAAUACAUUUGAGCCCUUUUUAUCAUAUAAACUUACCUCCGUUCCAGCGUCGAGCUCCUUGGCAGGUCACGCUCCCUUUUUCGUAAAAAUGACAAAAUAGCAGGGCUCAAUCAGAUGCUUCUCUUUGUUUAGCGCUUAUCUCACUGUCUAUGCCUGCCCUCCUCCUACGACAACCCUCCUAAGCCAAAAGUUUGUAUGCAAACACUAUAUAUCUAGAGAUAAAUAUUGUUAAACAUACACACACACUCUCUCUCACUCACUCUCUCUCAAUCUCACUCACUCUCAAUCUCUCUCACUCACACUCACUCUCUCUCACUCACACUCCUACUCACUCCAACUCACUCUUUUAAUCUCACUCAAUCUCUUACUCACACUCUCAAAACACUCUCUCACACUCACUCUCAAUUUAAAAUAAGUUUACUUACUGUUUGAAGUCAGUAGAUCCUCCUGCUCAGUCUCCUGCCUUCAGUGUGAUAGCCUGUCAGCCCGAGCCCACGCUGUGUGCAGGAGAUCGUUAUCUCACACAGUUGGCUCUGAUUGCUGACAGGCACAGGAGGCACGUUCACAGUGCCUCCUGAUAUCACGUUUGAUGUAUUCAUCCAAGUGUGAAGACGUCAAACGUGAUGAAUGCGAGUUAGGCAGCCCUGAACUCGGAAGUCCCUCUGGUGGCCGUCUGAGUGACUGCCACUGGAGGUGUUGCUAGCUUCCAAGGUAAACACUGUAUUUUCUCAGAAAAUACAGUGUUUACAUGAGAAAGGCUGCAGGGAGCUAUUGUUCUCACCUGAACAAUCUCAUUAAGCUGAAGUUGUUCAGGUGGCUAUAGUGUCCUUUUAAGUCCUUUUAAUGCACAUGGGGAGUGAAGGCAAGUCCAUCUGUUCUGAUCACACAGAAGAGCUACUGUAACUCAACUUGCUGGAAAACUUAAUGUUCGCCAUAAUAGAAGUGCAUUACAGUUUGCUAUGUAUGGGGCUGCAUAGUCCUUUCAGAGUACCCAUGAUGACCCCUCUCCACUGCCAAAAGUGCCAUUAGUGGGAACGUAAAAAUCAGAACAGGAACAUGGAGCAGUGGAAGAUGGCUGCCUGAUCUGUUGACUCACAGUUUAUUUUAGAUCAGGUGGAUGGCUGUGUGCAUUGUUUACCUCGGAAGAGGUAAAUGAAGUCUCAUGCAAGCUAAAAUGAACAUAAGUUGUAGAGGAAUUACAGGUAUUUUUUAAUGUCAGUACUUGUUCAGCUACUUUUUCAUGAUCUCUCUCCUGUUCAGUUGGUGGACAUAUUUAUAUUAACAUAACAAUACUUUCAGUUACAAUAUAUUUAUAUAUUGAGCCUACAAGAAGCUGAGAGUAGCUGAUAUAAGAACUACUCCUGAUUGCAUGAAGUGAAGACUUCAUUUUGUAUUGCUGUUACCAUGCAGACCCCAUGAAGGAGCCAAUUAUACCCUUAUUUUCUGAUCUAUUUCUGCAUUCAAAUACAAAAAGAUAAGUCCUGCGCUCACUUCCAUCACUACUGCAAUGACUACAGUACACAUCAGCCCCAAUAUAUAGUAAAAAUUAAAGAAAAGAAAAAGUUACCUGCGCUCUCUCCUUAAUCCCUAUGUAUAUUUAGACCAAUGGAGGUCAUUUAGUUGCUCCAAUGGCCAUUGGAGGGAAUGCCCGCCUGCCAACGUCAAGGCAGACCCCCCUAAAGCGGGUCCUAACACUGACCCUUCAGCCUGCUUCCUUGAGCUUCUGGCAAAGAUAUCUCUAAUGACAGAGGGGUAUUUUGUAUAUACACCCCUAUAUACUUAUUAACCCUUAAUAGGGAACACAUGGGAUGGGCGGCAGCAUUGUAACAAGGCUGUGUGAUACAAAGUAAAUACAAAUACAAAAAGAUAAGUCCUGCGCUCACUCCCAUCACUACUGGGCCGGCAUGCAUUUCUACAUUCACCAAAUGAAAAUUUGAUGUGAAUCGCUUGCUGACUUAGACAUGCUUUCAUAUCUUUAGAAGGUGGACUUUCAUACUCUGUUACUGCACGUGACUGCCUUCCUGUAGGAAUAUGCUGGGUGAAACUUCAGGUCUUUUCGCUUACUGCAGUAUUUGGUUUAAUGGGCUUAUAUCAUCGUGCACAUUAUCCACAUCUACACCAAUUUAUGACAGUAAUGGAUUGCAGAUCUUGCCCUAUAUACUUAUCUCUCUCUUUUCACUCAAGAUUCCACAGAGUCUGAUGCAUUCAGCAUUCCUCCUAGUCUUUAAAAAAUUAAUUGAACACCUGGGAAUCCAUAAGUUUCUCCUAAGUUGUAAGAUUUAUUUACAGGUGGACUAUGACUUAGCAUUGCUUGGUUGCCGUCUCAAUGUGUACAAUAGAAUUUCAAGAUCUCCCAUCUGUAGGCACCCAGCAAUAUUUUUUUUUUGCACUCUUAAAAGUAGGCUUUAAUAUGACCAGUGAAGUAUAAGUAAAUCUAAUAUAGAGAUUAAAUUAAAAAAGCAAAAUAGAUUUUAGGUUAUUAAAAUUGCAUUAGUAAUUUCUAAAACCACGCAGUCAUAUACUGUUAAUUUUGAUGGUUUCACUGUGUUCUUGAUGCUUCAAAUGAUGACAAGAGAUUUUUCCAUACAUUGUUAAAGGAUCACUAUAGUGUCAGGAAAACAUACUCAUUUUCCUGGCACUAUAGUGCCCUGAGGGUGCCCCCACCCGCCAGGCUCUAGGGGGUGGAAGGGGUUAAACUUACCUCUUUCUCUAGCACCGGGCGGGGAGCUCUCCUCCUCCUCUCCUCCCUCUUCUUCCGUCACCAGCUGAAUGCACAUGCACGGCAAGAGCCGCGCGCAUUCAGCCAGUCCAUAGAAAAGCAUUAUCAAUGCUUUCCUAUGGAUGCUGGCGUCUUCUCACUGUGAUUUUCACAGUGAGAAGCGCGGAAGCCCUCUAGCGGCUGUCAAUGAGACAGCCACUAGAGGCUGGAUUAACCCAUAGGUAAACAUAGCAGUUUCUCUGAAACUGCUAUGUUUACAGAAAAAAGGGUUAAUCCUAGCUGGACCUGGCACCCAGACCACUUCAUUAAGCUGAAGUGGUCUGGGUGCCUAUAGUGGUCCUUUAAAUGAUUCAGUGUUGCACAACAGCCACAGUAACCCCCUUUUAUGCUUACUAAUCUUAUUGUAUUCCUCUAUUCUCAAUGAUAUUCCAAUUUGUCCUCCUGUUAUAACCGUGCUUUUCUCAAUGGCAUUAGUCUGAUUUAUCUAUCUGGUGAGAUAUAACAGUGGACAGGUUUAUUUGGCAAACAUAGAUGGAGUAUUCAGUUAUUUGCUGGGUUAUUCAGUUAUUUGCUAACUUUAAACUCUCUAAGUCAUAUUUCUAAAGGCAGGACUGUCACAUGUCACUAAGAUCUGCAUAUCCUAUGUUUUGCUUAAAUAUUUCCUCUGGAAGUUAGUUAGACAACAUGACAAUAGGGUUUCGAAAAUACACAUUGCAUACAGUAUAAAUUUCAUAUUAUUUUCCAUUUUCCCUCAUACUUUCUUUUUCCUUUGACUCUCGUCUACAUCAAUUGCCCAAUAAGGGGAUUCUAACGUUUAUUACCUAGUAAGCCAAUCAAUUGGGUUCUCCAUUCUACCAGUAUCCUGUAUUCGUUAUCAAAGAGAUCAUGAUCAGGAUUUCACAAACCAUUUUUGUAACAGUAGUUUAAAGGGACACUAUAGACACCAAAACAACUCUAGCUUAUUAAAGCAGUUUUGGCGUAUAAAUAAUUUCCCUGCAGUGUCACUGCUCAAUUCUCUGCCAUUUAGGAAUUAAAUCACUUUGUUUAUGUGACUUGCACAGCCUUCCUAAACACUUCCUGUAAAGAGUCAGCUAAUGUUUAUACUUCUUUCUUUGCAAAUUCUAUUUAAUUUAAAAUGUAUUAUCCCCUGCACUGUUGAUAGUUUGCUAGACUCCCCAGAAGCCUCAUGUGUAUGAUUAAAGUUCACUUUAGAGAGCAGGCAAUAAGAACUUUUAAAGUAAGUUACAUCUAAUUAAAAGUGAAACCUUUUUUUUUUUUCAUGCAUGGUGUGUGAGUCACAGCCAGGGCAGGUGUGGCUAUGGCUGCAUGGACAAACAAAAUGAAUUUGACUCCUAAAUUGCAGAGAGUUGAGCAGUAAGACUGCAGGUUCAUGAUCUAUACUUUAAAACUGCUUCAUUAAGCUAAAGUUGUUUUGGUGACUAUAGUGUCCCUUUAAUGGAAGUCAUAAAACAUUUUUUUUAAACUGGGCUAAACUGUGAUUUCAUUGUUAUUCCUGCAAUCUCUAGCUUGAUAGGCUGAUAUUAUCACGAUAACAAAAUACAUUUUAAAAAAUGGCACCUUUGUGGACCUUUGAUUAAACUACAGGUUGAAGGUCACAGACAACUAAGUACAUUUGCUGACAGGCAAUAGAUGUGUAAUUAGCCUAUAAUAUUCCGUAGGGGGAAUGUAGUACGUUAGUGUUUAAAUUGACCUUUUAAUUAUAUAUGUGUAUGUGUAUUAUUAUGAAUAUGUUUUAUAUUAGUUCUGGGGUUUAUUUGUCCUGUUUAGCCGUGUAACUGAUUAACAAUGAAUUGUUAGUUAACCCCUUAAGGACACAUGACGAAAAUAUUCCGUCAUGAUUCCCUUUCAUUCCAGAAGUUGUGUCCUUAAGGGGUUAAAGGGACACUUUUCAGAGAAAAGGCAGUGUUUACAUUGGUGCAUAGGAACACCACUAAUGGCAGUCACUCAUACGGCCACUAUUAUUAUUAGUAUUGCCAUUUAUAUAGCGCCAACAUAUUCCGUAGCGCUUUACAUUAUUAUAAGAGGGAGGAUUUAACUAUAAAUAGGACAAUUACAAGAAAACUUACAGGAACAAUAGGUUGAAGAGGACACUGCUCAAACGAGCUUACAGUCUAGAAGUGUUUAGUGUGUCAAUGCUGCAUAGUUACGGAGGCAGGACAAGGUGGAGACAGCCACAGUGAGACAGGCACAAUGUAGGAAAAAAGGUGAGUAAAAUCAGCAUUUCAGAGCGAUCUAAGUGGGGCAAGGGACCUAAACAGCUAUAUGGGUACUAUAGAGUAAGGAAUACAUGUUUGUAUUACUGACACUAUACGGUUCCUUUAAUAUUUUCCUGCUCAUGCACAAACACCUAUAUUUUAGGUAUUGUUUUUUUUAAUUUUUUUUUAUUCUUUAUUUUUGUGUGCUCGAAGUGGCACAGAGGUUCGUGUUGUCAUGACAACAUAAGCAAAGAAUAAGAACAAAAAAAUAGCAUAUACAUGGCAUAUAACAAAGGCACAGUUUUUAUAUUACUUUGACAUUCAAAUAAUGAUGCUUAAUAAUAAGGGUUCAGCAUUAGUCUUAUGGUCAAGCCUAGGUUUUUGAGACUGACAGCAUGAGAUGGUAUAGAGCUAAUUUAAUUGUAGGUCAGCACCACGUGCAAGUUAGCCCAAUAUGCUCGUCACUUAGGAAGGGCUAAUAACUCGGGUCAGUUUCAUGUUUGUGCUGUGGAUUUUAAAGAUUAACUAUUGUCCUGGUCACAGGUGGUGGGGCCGGCCGGCCAGCGGCGCCAUUUCACUAACGGGGGUAAUGCGCUCUAUGGUUUCAACAGCGUUUGUGUUAUUCCUUCUUCUUAUUCCCUAUUUCUGUUAUCUAUAUUCUUCCUGCUCUCGCUCCCACCCCACCACCCACCCUCUUCUAAUAUGUCCUUCAUAGUAGGGUGAUAAAGCUACUGUUAGCGUCCUAACGCAAUCUACGCUUAUGGGUGCUAUCUGUGUGUGAUAGAAGGCCCCCUGAAAAGGCUGGGGCCUAAGAAAGAGAGGGACUAGAAAGUAGACAGCGAUAGUAAUAGAGCAAGAGAAGGAGAGGGGAGGGAGGGGUAAUAUUCCAGCUCCGGGUGGGCAGGAGGAGGGGGAAGGCCGGGGAGGCCGAGGAGGGAGGAGGACGGGAAGAGGAGGCUGAGGGAGGGAGCCAGGGCAGGACGAGGAGAGGAGGGGGAGAGCCGCGUCAGCCGUGUCCCCGCCUUUUACCUAGUCUGCGAGGUGGUUCUCCCUCCAUAGCCCCCAAGUUCUCUCAAACCGCCUUUGUGUACCCCGUAUUAGGUAUUGUUUUUAACUGUGAGGUUUUUCCUAAAACCUUGAGCGUUUAACCUUUGUUCAUUUUCACUGGCCUGAUAAUGAUGAGAAUGAUUUUUCAAAGUGUUGCAACGAUGUGAUUGUGAUAAACGAGACAUUUUUAACUGUUCUCUGGCAUCCAUUAACAUAAAUAACGUAAGUCAGAUAAUUAAGUAAAAUAAUUAGCUACAAUAUAAAGGGAAUUUGAACCGGGGCUUUUUACAGCCCAAUGUUUGAAUAGAACAGCAGAUGAGACAGUGUGAAGUUUAAUUUCAAAUAAGAUUAAAAAAACUAAAAGGUGAAAAACAAAAAUAAAAAACAAGAGAUCUGAUGAUCUGAUCAUCAGAUGUUUACAAUUGUUUCACGUUAGAGCAGUAAAUAGAAUAAAAUUAAAGGGACUAUCAGCCAGGAUUUAAUUGUUUUGAUGGCAGAUAAAGGCGUGUGCCAAGUGGUUGAAAAAAGUUUAAGGUUCAGUGCUAAAAGAAACCUUUUGCUAGUGAAUAUAUUGGUUUUAAUGCAUAUAGCCCUGUAGCUCCUAGUAGAUUGUUGAAAACUAAUGACAGGUUUCAUUGCAGAUAGAACCAGAGUUUUCAGGUUCCAUAAUUGGAAGAAACUUUUUUAGACCAGUACUAAAGGGAAUUAUUUAAAAAAGAACAUGUAAUGCAUUUUGAAUUAAAUGCAAAAAUAUAGCAUGUAAUUUACUGGCAAAGCAACAUAUUGCCUUUUACUUACAUUUUGCAUUUUACACUAAACAUUAGAAAAAACUAUUUUGGAUGAUUUUUAAGUUGAUUAUAAUAUGUUUAAAAUGCAUUAUAGGGACACUGUAGGCACUGUAACCAUUUUAUCUAAUUGAAUCGGUUAAAAUGCCUGGAGUACAAGGCAUUGUCCCAGCUUUUGAACCAUUUUCAAGUAGUAAAACACUAAAUAAGGGUCCCUGACCACCCACAGCUGGCCCCUAAUGACUGUGAGUGGCCAUUAGCCUAAUGGCUAAUGUCCUCCCCAAGGUUUUUCUCAAUGUCUCUUUGCUUUUGAAUUUUUUUUAUAUUUUUGCUUGUAUGACUAAAGUUGUUGAAAUAAAUCUAUGUUAAUUUGAAUUCCCUUUGUUAAUGACUACUUAGCUCCAGUUUUUCUUCUGCAGUAAUUCUCUCUUUUUUUCUUUUUUUUUUUAUUCAAUAAUUCACUCCUUUUCAAUUAUGGUUCCUUCUCCGUGUGAAAAUGCUCCAGACAAGAUGAAAAGAACUGCUCAGUUUGUGUUAAUUAUAAUUUUGUAUUUUUUUUUCCCAGAUAUGGUUGUUUCUGGUGUUCCCAAAAAAAAUGGAAUCACACAUGCCAGUGAAAUUGCAAGCAUGGCAUUAGAUCUAGUUGCUGUCUGCAAGACAUUUCGAAUUCCACAUAAGCCUAACACAUUGUUAAGAAUCCGAGCUGGGAUCCAUUCAGGUAUAAAUAACUAAACUGUAUCCAAACCUUUUAUUAAAUAAGUAGGGCCUGUUUGUUACUUAACAUUAGCAAGUUACAAACAGAAGGAGUCUAGAGUCUGCACAGACACCUGACACAUGAUUUGUAGAAAUUAAAGGGGCACUAUAAGCAAUAUAAAAAUCAGUGCAGUGGUUAUCCUGCCGAGAGUCUAUGGGCGCCAUCCAAAGAUUUUGUCAAACAAUUUGAAAGCGGUUUAUAAAUUAUAUUUUUUUGGUAGAUCGUAUUUUCUUUGAGUAUUUCAAGAAUAAGGAAAUGUAAAGAAACAUGGAGAGCAUGUAAGCUCCAAAAUGGAAAUACAGCAUUUCAAAUUCUCCUGGAUGUACAUUAAGAGAUUGUAAUUGAAUAUCGGCGGUUGUAAAAGAAAAACAUACCUCAGCAUAUUUACAAAGUGGACCCUACUACUCUUGUGGAAGCAGUUAAUAUUUCCCUUAUUUGCUGAUGCGCCUGGUUUAGGCUGCACAUCAUGCAUUUGGAGUCACCCCCUUCUACACAACUUGAGUUAACCCUCCGUGACAUUUAUGUACUGGGUCAAUGCCUGCUGCCUGGUUGUCUGCCCAAUCAGUAGGAGUUGAUGCAUAUGGUUACUGGUAUCAGAGAGGGGGCACAAACCGUUCAAAUUGAACAUUUCUUGUAGCCACGUCUCCCACCACGCUCCUGCACACAUUUCAGGGGCACAUAUACCUAUCUCCAGUUCCAUGAUACUUUAGUAUCCCUGUCCUGUGAGGGUCAGGGAAAAAUAGGUCGAGACCUCUGGGAGUAUCCUAUGUUGGAGGGUAGGUGUGCGAUACUAGCUGGACAGAAGCUUGUUAUUGGUAUCUUGAAGUCUGGAGCUGAUGUAGCUCUUAUGGUUCAGGAUAAGGACCUUUUCCCACUGUGCAUCCGUGAAUGUUGUACCCAGCAUUUCCUCCCAUUGCCUAUUAAAGGUUGUCUUUGUGUUUUUAUUCCCCCCCCACCAGUAGAUGUUGGUAAAGUAGAGAGACCGUUUUCUCCUGUGGUGUGCCCUUUUCGCAGGUGUCUUCAAACCACGUGAGAUUAUGAUGUAGCUCUGUUCUGUUGUUCAUCUGCCCAUAGUAGUGCCGCAACUGGGUGUGGCAAAAUGUAUGAAGAGGCGUUGGGGCUGUUUCCAACAUAAUGUCUUGUAGGCUCUUCAUGUCUGUACUGCCUAAGGUCUUCCGUAUGAGGAUGUUAGGUCCUCUAUCAAUGUAAGCCCAAGCGUUAGGGGAUAUGUGUUAUAUUGUAGCAGUAUCAGGGUACUCGGCACAGGGGAGAUGUGUUGCGACCGUGGACGGAUCUCCAAGUCCUGAGGGUGUUUGCGACAGGCGAAGUAUCCUUGUUCCUGUCCAGGGUUUCAGGCUUCCCCAGCCACGUAGACAUUUACGAUCCUCCCCAGUCCAAGGCUGGCCAUUGCUGAUGAGGGCGUGCGGCGUGCCUGUCAAAAAUCCGAUGCAGAGUCUUGAUGGUAUUUUUUAAAAUCUGGAAGGGCCAGGCCCCCCGCCCCCACUGCCUAGGUAUGCAUGGCAAGUUGUAUCGAAGGUGCGAUCUUUCCCCUUUCCAGACAUAUCAGAUCACUGCAGUUUUCAGGGUGGAGAAGAACAAUUUGGGUAGAGACAAUGGCACUACUUGAAAUAAGUAAAGCAGCCUUGGUAGAAUAUUCAUCUUAAGGACCACUAUACGACCCAGCCAUGAUAUGUGUGGGUAGGCCCAGCUUCUGAGGUCUCCCAAGAUUUUCCGUAGGAGGGGUUCAAAGUUAGAGUUUUAUAAUUCAGCCGGGUUCUCUGUCAUCCAUGUACCCAGGUAUUUAAUUUUUUCGUCGCACCAGCGGAAAUAGAAGUGAGGUCUUAGGGUAGUAAGUUCCUCCUACGGAAAAGAGACAUUGAGCACUUCGCACUUCAUGAGGUUCAGCUUGAGGCCCAAUAUUUCUCCAUAGUCAUCAAAUUCCCUCAUCAAGCAGGGCAGCGUGAUGCGCGGGUUUGUUAUAAAGAAGAGGAGGUCAUCCACGUAUGCAGCUACCUUAUGUUCCAUGUUCUCCCAUUGGUAUCCCCUUAUGUCUCGGGUUUGUCUGACCGCCAUGAGAAAUGGCACAAGCGAGAUCGAGAAAAGCAAGAGGGACAGGGGGCAUCCUUGUCUUGGGCCAUUAAGUAUCAGGAAGCCACUUGUCAGGGCUCUGUUGACCCUCAAAUAAAAUAAGGGUGUGUGUGAGCGCUCCAAAAUAACCCUAAACACGUACCAAUUACGGGAGAGUAAUAUGACUCUUAUGUAUACUAAAUAUAUUCCAUCAGAUAAAGCUGUGUGUAAACCAACCGAUGUCCAUUGACCGUUAUCUCUCAGAGGUAAUCAAGUGAAAGACAAAAUCAAUUUAAAAAGUGUAAAUUCAAUCCAAUGAGUAAAUACACGAUUUGUAAACUAAAAAGAAUUGAAUAUAACAAUAGGAACAAUAAAGAAUUCUAUAUAAACAACUCCAAGAAUGAAUUAAUCAGGGUAAACAAUUCAUAAAGCCGUCUGAACUACUAUGAGAGUGUACAAAAUACAUUUAUUGAUUUAUAAAAUAAGUGUACUAAACAUCGGAUACAUAUUAAAACAAUACACAUCAAUCACUGAUACAUAAGUGUCGGUCUAAUUAUGGCCUCUAUAGUUCAGGAAGAUACACAAGUCUGGAUAAAAAGGUCUCAGUGUAAACUCCAGCAGGGUGGCCCUCCCUCUGGAGCAAUCUCCGAAAAAAACGGAUGCUGUAAUUGAUCCACAAAACUGUAUACCAUGCAAUCUAAUGUGAAGACUGAUAGAAAAAUCAAUAUAAAGGGGAUCACCGACCAGGGGUAGUACUGGAGCUUCUAAACCCGUCCAGCAAGAUGGAGAUGGCUAAGGGUGCAGAAGGGGAAUGCCCAAGUCUGUCUAAAACACUGAGAAAAUCCCCAACGACUUAUCCUGUUCGCGUGCCAAAUGUCGGAGGAAGGGAGCACACUGAGAAAGCCCGACGGGUGAUGAAUCCCGCUCUCGAUAUCAGUAAGUGUAAACGAUGCCGUAAUCUGCUUCCAGGGUAACGUGCUGUAAGAAGGGUGUAGUAGGAAAGCGAGACCCGAUAGUCUACGCGUUUCGUCUCCACUUGAGACUUUUUCAAGACUGAUCAAUAUCGGGUGCUUGCUGGGUAUAUAUAGCCACACUCUGAGGGAAUCCCUAAGUAACAUGUUAUGACAUCAUACUGAAGGUGGGAGGUCCUUCCUUAGAAGGGUCAUGUAGGCAGUCAAUGCAAUAAUACAUAAAGGGUUAACAUUGAACUUGCCUUGUCUCACAUAUAAUGUAAUAGAGGACUAAAUAACCUGUUCCUAAAAAGGAAAUUACUAAACAUGCUCCGUUUACUCUCACUCUUGCAUUGGGGCAGCUGUAUAUUGCAGCUAUCCAGCUCCUGAGUUUGCCGCCGAAUCCAAUCACGGCCAACGUGGAGAACAUGAAGGCCCAGUUCACUCGAUCAAAUGCCUUCUCGAUGUCCGUGGAGAGCAACAACCUGUGUUUGUCCUUGCGUGCGAGCUGUUGUAACGCGAAGAGAUGUAGGGUACUGUCCCUAGCUUCCCUGCCUGGGAUAAAUCCGGUUUGGUCUGGGUGUAUGAGCCAUGGCAAGUGCGGCUGCAUCCUAGUGGCCAGCAGUUUCGUGAGCAGUUUGACAUCCACAUUCAGGAGUGAAAUUGGUCGGUAGCUUCCGCAUGAUUGUGGCGGCCAGGGAUUCACUGUGGGACCCUCCUCCUUCUGGUAGCGCAUUUAAUGCCUUAGUUAGCCUCGGGGUUAAGAGAUGUGAGAACUGCUUGUAGCAUGCAUUGAAAGGCCAUCUGGCCAGGGCCUUUGCAGUCUUGGCGACCUUUAUUGCUGCCAGGAUUUCUUCCUCCUCUAUUGGCGCAUCCAGUAGUUCUGCUGCCUCAUUGGAAAUCCGAUUAGGUUUGUAUUUACCUAGAUAAUUCUGUAUGGCAUUUGUGUGUUCCUGUGUCAGGAGCCUGCUCUGGUCCCCCGAGGUACUGUAUAGCUUGGUGUGAAACACCUGGAAUUCUUUUGCAAUCUCAUUUGGGAAUGCUGAUACUUUCCAGGGUCUCAACUUGAGCCUGUGGAUCUGUGUGUGUUGUCUGGGGCCACGGAGCAUUCAGGCCAAAUGGACGCCUCUGAAAUGUUUGCGUGUCAGAAGAUCAGUAAGCGAGCGGCGUGCCUCCAGGAGGUCCGCAUAUACCGAGUCUAAGAGAGAUCUUUUAUGUUGGGACUCCAGUUGAGCAAUGCGAUUCGACAGGUCUUCGUGUUGUUGCGCCGCCUCCUUCUUCUUUCUGGUGGCGAUACCUAUCAGGCAACCCCUGAUAACACUUUUGUGUGUCUCCCACUGCGUGAGAGGGGACAUGCCAUCGGUGUCAUUCUUUUCGAAGUACAGGCUUAGCUCGCCUUCCACUUGAUCUUUGACAUUUAGAUCCAGCAGGUGGGAUUCAUUUAGCUGCCAGGUCUAUUCCGUCGGAUUCAAUAAGGGAGAUUCCAAUGUAAUUAAGACUGGGCAGUGGUCCAACCAGGUGGAAGCAGCUAUUGUCGCCAAGAGUAACCUUGUGAGAUGUUCCUGUUGCAUGAAUAAGUAAUCUAUCUGCGCAUACCGCUCCUGUACCGCCGAAUAGUGCAUGUAGUCCCUAUCCCUCGGGAAUGGAGCGAAACCAGUGGCUCAGGGUUUGGCUACCGUGGGCUGAGGAGUGUCGGAUCCUGCUAGGAAAUGGUCCAUCAUCCCAGAUGUAACAAAAUUGGGGGUGGAAAGAUCAAGUCCUACACUAUGCCAACCGUCCAUUCCCCCCCUGCCCGGACCCUUCCCUCUCCCAACAUUGAACAAGGAACUCCCCGGGAUAGGUGCGGUAUGGUUGUAAAUUGGGUGCGACCCGAUGUCUUAUAGCCUGUGCCCUGUCAUUGUUGGUAGGCAUCAAUGUGAAGACGCAAAUUCCCCCCACCACCAAUGUGUGGGGCACUGCACCCGUCCCCCAUCCCAAUAAAGUGCUUCCCCCCACCAGGGCCUCAAACUCAGGACAUACAUAGACACGGGGCCCCCAGUAUACCUUAGAAAUUGCUUACUUUUCCACGCGUCCAGGAUCUGGGUGUCGUCAGGGAGGAGGGCCCGCCAAAGAGUCCUCCCUACUGCGACGCGUUGCUUUCUGCAGAUGGGACCUAUGGUCCAAGGGCCCCAGAACCCAGUUGGUGAUGGUCUGAAGCGGGAGCUGCAGUCGCUGCAGGAAUGCAGGCGUGUCUUCUGGCCACCGAACAGAAAGCCAUUCAUUCUGGUGGCGUACAGACAGGCAGAACGGGAAGCCCCAUCUGUAAGGUAUUCUGCGUUUUUGUAAAGCAGUGGUCACUGGUCGGAGUGCCCUCCUUGUCAGGAUAGUGACAGGGAUCCAAUACGCAGAGUGCGGACAGGAGGAGGUACGUAUACCGGACCUUAGAAUGGCCAGACUAACGUAUGGACAAAACAAGAAUAGUCAAAAGGUAAGCCGAGGUCGAGGGAGCCGGAGGACAGGUAAGCGAGGAACAAGCCGGGUCAAAGGAGAGGAGAGAGCAACAGGACAAAGUACAAGCAAGGUCAAAACCGAAAACACUAAGAGAGAGAACGCGCUGAGUGACUAGCAAGCUAGAACCACGACAGGGCAAUGAGCAGUAGUAAAAGUUCCCUUAAAUACCCUGUCACCUUAAUUGAGACCACGCCCCCAAAAGGUCCGGAAUUGCGGUUACCGGCACUUCACGUUAAUGAUGACGUCAUGACGUCGACGCUAGCCGUCGCGUCAUAAAAGGGGGAGGAGCUAGCGCGGCCGGCGCGAAAACGGACGGAAUUGCCGAAAUGUUAGCCCCUAUGAAGAGAGGAUCUCCUCCUCGGAGGCAACACCAACAGGUAACCUGACAGUACCCCCCCUUUUAGAAACGCCCACCGGGCGGAUGGGACCGGGCUUAGAAGGGAAACGAACGUGGAAGGCCCGAAGAAGACGAGGAGCAUGCACGUCUUCACAAGGAACCAAAGAUCUCUCUUCUGGACCAUAACCCUUCCAGUCUAUGAGGUAUUGUAACUUCCCCCUAGAAAUACGAGAAUCAAGAAUGGACCUAACAAUAUAUUCUUCCUGACCAUCCACUCGAACCGAAGAUGGAGGAGCAGAGUGGGAAGAAAACCUGUUACAAACAAGAGGUUUCAAUAAAGACACAUGAAAAGAGUUAGGGAUACGUAGAGUAGGAGGCAGGUCCAGCAAAUAAGAAACCGGGUUGAUCCUCCUCAACACUCUGUAAGGACCUAUGUAACGAGGAGCAAACUUCAAGGAAGGGACUUUCAAGCGAAUGUGUCUGGUACUCAACCAGACCCUAUCACCCGGAGAAAAAACAGGAGCGGGCCGUCUACGCCUAUCAGCAUGCAUCUUAAACACCGCGGAACUACGCGUAAGAAUUUGUCGAGUCUGAUCCCACAACUUUCUCAGGUUGGCUAUAUGAACAUCAACCGACGGUAAACCCUGGGAAGGAGACACCGACGGAAGAAUAGUAGGGUUAAAGCCAUAGUUCAAGAAAAAGGGGCUAUUACGAGUGGAACCACAAACAAGGUUGUUGUGAUCAAACUCCGCCCAAGGAAUCAGACCGACCCAAUCGUCCUGGUGUUCAGAAACAAAACAACGUAGAUAUUGCUCAAUUUUCUGGUUAGUGCGUUCGGCUGCUCCGUUAGAUUGAGGAUGAUAGGCCGAAGAAAAAUUCAGCUUGAUGCCCACCUGGGAACAGCAGGAUCUCCAAAAACGGGAAAUAAACUGGGGACCCCUGUCAGACACAAUCUCAUUGGGAAUACCAUGCAAACGAAAAAUCUCCCUAGCAAAUAUCACGGCCAGUUCGGGUGAGGAAGGAAGUUUAGGCAAGGGGAUGAAAUGAGCCAUUUUGGUAAACCUGUCAAGAACCGUGAGGAUAACAGUGUGUCUAUUGGAAACCAGCAAAUCAACAAUAAAAUCCAUAGCCAAACUAGCCCAAGGUUUGUUGGGAAUGACUAAGGGCUGCAAUAGACCACAAGGAAGAUCCCGUGGUAGUUUUAUUCCUGACACAGAUAUCGCAGGCCUUGACAAAGUCUUCCACAUCCCUCCGUAAACUAGGCCACCAGAAGUCUUUGGAAAUCAAGCAGCAAGUUUUGUGGAUGCCGGGGUGACCGGCAAACUUGCUAUCGUGAAAACAACGAAUAAUGUCCACUUGGAAUUUGGGAGACACGAAUAAGCGGCCCUCAGGAGUACGCUCGGGAGCAAGAGAUUGUUCGUUCGUUAUAUCUACGAGCAAUGGAGAGUGUAUCUUGACAUUGGUGUUGGCGAUAAUGUUGUUUUCAGGAACAAUAGGAGACAAAGUGUCUUCUGUAAUGGUGAUAGGUUCGUGCUGACGAGACAAUGCGUCUGCUUUGGUGUUUUUAGAACCAGGCCUGUAAGUAAGUAUGUAAUUGAAAUGUGUAAGGAACAUAGACCAACGUGCUUGCCUGGCAGAUAAUCUUUUGGCCUCCCCCAUGUAAGAUAAAUUUUUGUGAUCAGUCAAGAUAGUAACUGGGAGAACAGUGCCCUCUAACAAAUGUCUCCAUUCCUUUAAUGCCAUAAUAAUAGCUAAGAGUUCUCUGUCACCAAUAUCAUAUCUCCUUUCAGUGUGUGAUAAUUUCUUGGAAAAAAAACCGCAAGGGUGCAACGGCUUAUCUAAACUUUGUCUUUGGGACAAUACUGCGCCUAUCCCUGUUUCAGACGCAUCAACUUCAAGCAAAAAGGGCAGAGAGGUAUCAGGAUGAACUAAUACAGGUGCUGAAGCAAAAGUCUGUUUGAGCGUUUCGAAAGCAGAUAACGCCUCAGUAGACCACGUUUUGGUAUCUGCUCCUUGUUUAGUCAUAUUAGUGAUAGGAGCGAUAACAGAGGAGUACCCUUUAAUGAAACGUCUGUAAUAAUUAGAAAAUCCAAUAAAUCUUUGUAUGGCUUUGAGUCCCUUGGGUAAAGGCCAAUCUAAAAUCGAUUUUAGUUUGAUCGGGUCCAUCAUAAACCCGUCCUUGGAAAUUACGUAGCCUAAGAAAGUUACCUGAGACUGAUCAAAGCUACAUUUCUCCAAUUUACAAUACAAUCCAUGUUGUAAAAGUUUCUGUAAUACCUUUCUGACUUGUCUGUGAUGUGAGUCAAUGUCCCUAGAAUGUAUUAGUAUAUCAUCCAAAUAUACAAUCACACAUUCGUGUUGAAAUUCUCUAAGGAUCUCAUUAAUCAAGUCUUGGAAGACGGCCGGGGCAUUACAUAGCCCAAACGGCAUUACGGUAUACUCAUAAUGUCCGUAACGGGUAUUAAAUGCUGUCAUCCAUUCAUCUCCUUGUUUAAUUCUCACCAAGUUAUAUGCUCCUCUCAAGUCAAGUUUGGUAAAAAUACUGGAGCCCUUUAGUCUGUCAAAGAGUUCAGUAAUCAAAGGAAUGGGGUAAGCAUUCCUGAUGGUAAUUUUGUUCAAUCCACGAUAGUCUAUGCAAGGACGUAAGGUACCGUCUUUUUUUUCUACAAAAAAGAACCCCGCCCCCGCCGGAGAAGAAGACUUUCUAAUAAAUCCUUUGUCUAGAUUUUCCUUGAUGUAUUCCUCUAAAACUAAGUUUUCUUUGGUAGACAGAGGGUAUACCGUACCCCUAGGAGGCAUAGUACCAGGAAAAAGUUUAAUAGUACAGUCAUAAGACCGGUGGGGAGGUAAAGUAUCCGCCUUACUCUUGUCAAAUACAGACUUGAGAUCUAGAUACUGAGAUGGUAUCUGAACGUCUGUGGAUUGGGAAGAGUUGGUAUAAGAGUUUACUGGGCAAACAGAAGUGACUCUCUGCAGACAUCUUUCUCUACAACCAGUUCCCCAAGAAACGAUUUCUCCACCCUCCCAGUCAAUCUGAGGGUUGUGUCUCUUGAGCCAAGAAUAUCCUAGCACCACUGGGACAGCCGGGGAGGAUAUUAACAGGAGGGAAAUCAUCUCCUCGUGGAGGAUACCAAUAGUAAGUUUAACGGGUUUAGUCUCAUGGAAUAUUACUGGUUCAGAUAAAGGUCUACCAUCUAUGGCCUCAACGGUGGGAGACAAUGCUUAUUAGUGAAAGUUUGGUCUAUAAAGCUUUCUGCUGCUCCAGAGUCUAACAACGCCAUCGUAGAUAUAGUACCACUUUUCCAAGCUAGGGAGACAGGAAUCAGAAGCCUAUGGUCUUUAUCAUUAUACAUAGAGGACAGUAUAGAAACACCCAAGGCCCGUCCUCUAGGGGAACUUAGGUGCGAGCGUUUCCCGGGCGAUUAGGGCAACUAAGACGUAGGUGACCUCUCCGCCCACAGUAUAAACAGAGACCCUCCCUUCUUCUGUACUGUCUCUCGGCCUCAGAUAAGCGAGUACUACCUAUUUGCAUAGGUUCUGGUGGAGUAGGAUUAUAGGAGUCAGGGUUCUGAAAGGAGGGAGCGAGUCUUACAGGAGGUCUACUAACUUUUUCCCGCGUAUUCUGCCUCUGUCUCAUGCGUUCAUCUAUUCUGGAAAUGAAAGACACUAAAUCUUCUAAAUUUUCCAGAAGUUCUCUUGUGGCAAUCUCAUCUAGAAUCUCAUCAGACAACCCAUUCAAGAAUACAUCCAUAAAAGCUUGUUCGUUCCAUUUCACCUCUGCUGCCAGUGAUCUAAACUCUAAUGCAUAUUCUACAAGGGUUCUAUUCUGUUGUUUAAGGCGUAACAGAGAUCUGGCAGCAUUAAUCUUCCUUCCUGGGGGGUCAAAAGUCCUUCUAAACGCUGUGACAAAAGCAGUAUAAUUGUAGACUAAAGGACUAUCAUUCUCCCAAAGGGAAUUGGCCCAUCUAAGUGCUUUGUCUAUUAGCAGUGUUAUAAUGAAGCCUACAUUAGCCCUGUCAGUAGGAUAAGCCCGGGGUUGAAGUUCAAAAUGUAUGCUUAUCUGGUUUAAAAAACCUCGACAAGCAUCAGGCGAACCCCCAUAACGUAACGGGGAAGUGACAUGGGAAGAUGCGCCUACAGUGGCUACUUCCAAACCAGUACUUAGCGGGUGGCUAGCUGUAGAACGUAUUUCUUCUGACUGGGUACUGGGACGUGCUAGCAAAGUUUGUAACGCUAGAGCCAUUUGGUCCAUUCUAUGGUCUAUGGCCUCAAAUCUGGGGUCAGGAGGACUAGCACCUGCAGGAUCCAUUUGGCCCUGUCGUAAUGUCAGGAUAGUGACAGGGAUCCAAUACGCAGAGUGCGGACAGGAGGAGGUACGUAUACCGGACCUUAGAAUGGCCGGACUAACGUAUGGACAAAACAAGAAUAGUCAAAAGGUAAGCCGAGGUCGAGGGAGCCGGAGGACAGGUAAGCGAGGAACAAGCCGGGUCAAAGGAGAGGAGAGAGCAACAGGACAAAGUACAAGCAAGGUCAAAACCAAAAACACCAAGAGAGAGAACGCGUUGAGUGACUAGCAAGCUAGAACCACGACAGGGCAAUGAGCAGUAGUAAAAGUUCCCUUAAAUACCCUGUCACCUUAAUUGAGACCACGCCCCCAAAAGGUCCGGAAUUGCGGUUCCCGGCACUUCACGUUAAUGAUGACGUCAUGACGUCGACACUAGCCGUCGCGUCAUAAAAGGGGGAGGAGCUAGCGUGGCCGGCGCGAAAACGGCCGGAAUUGCCGAAAUGUUAGGGGAGGGGAGCCCCUAUGAAGAGAGGAUCUCCUCCUCGGAGGCAACACCAACAGGUAACCUGACACUCCUAGCUUCCAGGGUAAGUGGUGACAGGUACCUGUGUACCCUGAAAGUCCCAGGUCUGCCUGCUGCGGGCCUUGUGCAUGACGGUAUCUUUGAGCUUGUAUGACAUCAGGCAACAUAUCAGAUCCCGUGGAGCUUUUUACAGUCAUUACACUGGUUUAAAAACAUGCAGGAUGUCAGUCUGAGUGGCGUGUCUGAAUGCAUUUUAGUCACUACUCUCUUUAUGUGUUCAGAUAGAGAGAUGCAUAUUGCUUUACAUUGUAUAUAAUUAUAACCCAUUUCCUUCACAAUGUAAACUCGACAUCUCUUAUUACAAUAUGCUUCUUAUAAAUUACAUUUCGUAUAAUCAUUGUACAGAAUAUGAUGUGACAUUGCAUUUAAAUUAUUGUUAUUACGAUAAUCGGAACUGUACAGUUUUCAUUCUGCAGGCAUUAGAGACUGCAUGUAAUGUAUCUGCUGUUUUAUCGACAAUGACAACGGUGUUAGGGUUCGAGUGUCAAGGCUAUAUUCCUUCUUACGAAACCAGCAAGAACAUAAACAAAGCAUUAAGUAUACAUUCGUAUUAUGUCAAUAUAAUUCAUGGUGAUCAAGAAGUACCAGAAAAGUCCAAAUAUAUUUUUAAAGGAUCACUAUAGUGUCAGGAAAACAAAGCGGUUUUCCUGACAAUAUAGUGCCCUGAGGGUGCCCCCACUUCAGCCACUUACCUUAAUCCAGUGCCAGGCUCCCUCGGCGCUGGUGACAUCUCCUCCCCAUCCGACGUUAGCUCCCCCGUCCGACGUAUGCCCGCAAUUUGUUAAUGCUUUCCUAUGGAUGCCCUGCGCGAUGGAGGCGAAAUUCGCCUCCAGCUUUGCAGAUGCGCCUCUAGUGGCUGUCCGGAAGACAGCCACUAGAGGCUGGAUUAACCCCAAAUGUAAACACAGCAGUUUCUCUGAAACUGCUGUGUUUACAUGUGAAGGGUUAAAACCUGAGGGACCAGGCACCCAGACCACUUCAUUAAGCGAAAGUGGUCUGGGUGACUAUAGUGUCCCUUUAAAUUUUCAAUAAUUACAUUUAAAUUAAUUAAACUAUAGUAUGAUCAACUGAGGAGCAACACAAGAAAACAUGCUUAAAAUUAAAUAGGAAAGAAACAUAUGUCUAGCAUUAAGAAUGAAUAUCGCUUGCUGAUGUAUUUUAAUAGAAAUAGAGUGAGACAUUUUCUCCUUUCAGUUGUUUCUAAAAUGAUUUACCAGGAAUGAUACAAUGAUGUUUAUAUGAACUACAUGUUUUGAUACAUGGCAAGUAGAAUUGCACAUACUGUAUAACAUUUAUUCCAGUCACUAGUUGGAAUGACAAUUUACAAAGCUCUCAGACAGUUAUAAACAUGGUAUAGCUGAUUAAAUUAUAAUAGAGCUGGUUAAAUAAGAAGAUUAUGAUUAUGGUUACUUUUAUCCACUAUUAUUUUUAUAUAUCUCUCAGGACCAGUAGUUGCUGGGGUUGUUGGAACCAAAAUGCCUCGGUACUGUUUGUUUGGAGACACAGUGAACACAGCUUCAAGAAUGGAAUCGACAAGUGAAGGUAACGUGUGCUUAUACUGUUUUGAUACACUUCCAUUCCUGUACAGCAAUUCACUCUAGGAUUUCAAAGCAGUUCUAUUUUUUUCUAAUAUCCGUACAGGAACUAAAACUUUUUGUAAUUAGGCUACAUGUUAGGUUAUUUUUUUUUUCAAUAUACUGUAUUUACUCAAAUGUAAUGCUCACCUUUUUUAGAAUACAAAGUUCCCAAAAUUUGAAUGUGCAUUAGAUUCGAUAGCGCAUUACAUUCAGGGCAAAAUACUAAAUUUUUCGGCGUAUUGUAUUCCGGCAAAUUUCAUUCUGACAAAUUCACACAGGCGAACUCACACAUGCGAAUUCACACAGUCAAAUUUCAAAUUGAGGUGCACAUUAGAUUCAAUGGCGCAUUGUAAAGCGCUGCAGAAUUUGACGGCGCUCUAUAAAUAUCAUAAUAAUAAUUAGAGUAAAGUAAAUAUAGUACUUUUAUUUUAUAAACCUGUGGUUUGUUUUAUCAUUGCUCUUUUUUAUGAGUAUAUUUUCGUAGUUGCAAUACCAGUAUAUUAAAUUGCUUUACUACUAAUUGAAGCUCAGGGUCAGCCAACAAUAAAGAUGUACAUAGCUAUGUUUAAGGUGAACACUUCACAGUUUGGGAUAAAAGAGCAUAGCUUGAGCACUGUUGAGCAUAGAAAUAAAUAGUAAAAAGUAAAAAAGUGCAUCUUGCUGCACUUUACUGUAGUACUGAAUGAUUUAUUUGUACUAAUUGUACCCAAGCCCCAAACAUUAUAACUCUACCACUCCAUCCUUCCCCUCUCUGCCUCUAUCACCUCCUCCUAAAACAUGUCUCCAGUUAAAGAGCCCUGUUUGUUUGCCUCUGUUCUGCCUGUAUGCCACCCCUCUGCAUCUUCUCUACCUCCAAUUAUUCUACCUCUCAACAGAUUUUUUUCAUUGUAAAAAAUGGCUGCUUUUUCUCUCGAGCCGCUGACAGCAACUAUAUACUAUAGGGCAGUGUUACAGUGUUGUGGGGCCGGAGCUAGUGUUUACAUGCUAUGCAGCAAAGUUAAUAAUGUUAUGGGUUAGGGCACAGUUACAUUGAUUUGGCUGACCAAUCACAGUAUGGUCAAUUAGAUGUGGAGUUACACCAAAGAAACAGCAAGAUGGGAGCUAAUUAUGGGUUUGAGACCAGCUUGCAGCGGUUUUUCACUAAAUUCACAAAUGCUUGGUUUAGAAGUUUUUCAUAAAAUGUUUCAAAGCUCGAGUCAAGGUUUCAUUUUCUGUAAAAUAACUUUUUGGUGACAGUUGACCUUUAAGAUUUGAGAGUGAUAGUGCUGGCCUUCAUUUUAAAAUAACUUGCUGCAAUGCCGCCAAUAAAUAAAUGAGGUUCUACUAAAUCGACGUGAUAGUUGGGUACAUAUAUGCAGAGACCUGCGUAAAAAGAAAGAAGAAUAUUAACACCACUGGAACACAAACCAUGACAUCAACACAAUAGCUACUACCAAAAGCAAAGAUAAAUAUGAAUGUCAAAUUCAUAUAGAUAAUGUAAAUUUUAUGUGACUGUUAAAAAUGUAACAAGUCACAAGAGAUGCUUAGAAUUGGAAAGUACAGGAUAGGAUAAACCGUGCCAUGUAUAUAGUGUUCAUUUUUAUAAUGGACACUGACCUCUACUUGGCAUGUGUUUGUCACAUGCAGCUUUAAAUUGCAAUAUGUGCAUUUCCUUAAGUGGUUCUUUUGUUCCUAAAAUAUUUUAGGUAUAUUACGUGUUGUUUCCAACCACAGAGAUGAUUUCAUUUCAAAGAUUAGCGUUUCAAGAACUGUGAUUGUUUUGGAUCUGACAUUUAGAGAGAUUGGUUUAAAAUUCAGUUUUCCUUUUUAAUAUAUGUCCAGUUUAGCCUCUUCAACAGAUUAGAUGCAAUAUUUAGUCCCAGUGGGUAUAUCUGUGACAUAUGUAAGUAGGUGAAAGAAGGAAGCCACUAGAAAAAAAACCCCCACAAUUUCUCUUUUAAUCUUUCUUCCAUACAUGUGUUGACGCCAUCUGGCCAGACGUAUUUUCUAAGUUUCUGAUAGUACAAUGUGAAGUGAGAAGUGGCUGGUGACAGUCACGUUGGCAAUCCUUAAAACCUUACAUGAAACAUUCACCCCACCUGUCACAGAUAAAUGAUCCAUGCAGCAAGAAUUAGUACGCACCAUCUUUUUCCUCCUUUGGAAUGUCUCAGCUGUUUUAUACAGAGCAACACCCGAGAGGCAUCUUGAAAUGUUAAAUGCUGCUUAAAUUAUCCUUAGAGUGUAAUGUGCAAACUGUAUUGCCUUAGUUUUUUUUCAUUUGUAAUUAACUAAAUUUAUUUUACAUAUAUGUGUUUAAGUGGAUGGAUCAUUAACGGUAUGCUUUUCUUAUAGCACUAAAAAUACAGUGUAGCUCCAGUACUCAUGAUCUCUUGAAACAAAUUGGUGGUUACGUUCUUGUAUGUCGUGGGUCACUGCAAGUUAAGGUACAUGCAAAAUGUGUGCAUAGAAUAGUACAUUUGUAUUGUAUGUACUUUUUGGAUUAUGUCUAGUAUGUUUUAGUUUAAACAGUGAAUAUUUGUUUUUCAAUAUUUAUUUAAAUUGUAGAUAUAGAUUUAUUUUUAUUUGGUUAAAAAAAAUUAUACAACAAAGUGUAGACUGACAGACAAAAUUAAACUGGUACAGAUGGUUUUCAGAGCACUAAAUUUUAUUCUAAAGGAGAAAUGGGAUUUAUAAAACAGCAGGUACAGUUUAUUGUAUAUAGGAGAUUUAUUUAAAAAAAAUGUUGAAGAAAGGAAAAAAAUAGCAGGAAAAAUAUGUUCUUUGUAAUUAACAUGUGGUUAAUUUAAUAAUAUGUGGUACUUGUCAAAGAGUAAAUAAGGGAAUAAUAUUCAGGUUAUUGUAGUCUAGAUAUAUGAAGAUUGUAAAAAGAUCUGUAGGAAGGAAAUUAUCCCUUUGUCUGUCCGUCCAUCCAGUUUAAAAUUGCUAAUAGUUUAUACCCUAAGGUAAAAAAACAUAUUAAGAUGACAAAAAGUUUAUAAAUAUUUUUGUCAUGCCAAAGUAAAAUCUGUUUGAACACCAGAUUAAGAUAGCCAGUCUCUUAUUUGGAGUUUGUAUAGCUUUAUAGCCGCAGGCACAAAGUUAUUAAAAACAUGUAAUGAUAUAAAACUGACAUAUCCUUUGCAUUUACUAACUUCCGAUUUGUCUCUGCAGGGGAAAGGAGAUAUGGUGACAUAUUGGCUAGAAGGUAAAACAGCUACAAUAACAAAGAAAGCUAGUACGAACUCUUCUGCAGUCAUUCAAGAAAAGGAAAGAGAGUCAUUCAAUCUGAUACCAGGUGUGCUCUCCACUGAUGCAUUAUCAACAUCAUUCUGA